CCGCUCAAAAUUGUUUUCUCCUUCGCGAAGUAGGAAGCUACAGGUGUUUGUUCUUUCCCAAUUUUCCAGCCCAUCAAGGAGAAAACAAACAAUUCAUCCCGGCUUUUAUUGCUAAUGAAUAAAAACAUUGAUGAAAGGAAAACUUUUCUGUCAAGUAAAAGUUAUAUUGUGGUGUAGCUUUUCGAAUGUUAUUUACCUGACAAUGUGCCUCUAAUUUGGAUAUCAAACUAUUUUGAGAAAAAAAGGACGAAGAAAUUUAUAAGGUUCCGAUGUAACGCAAUUGAUCGGACUCUGCAGUAAAUCCUCAUCAGUAAUCUAUCAGCCACUCCUUUUUUUUACAUACUUCAGUGGGAUCAUGGAUCGAAGUAUCCCCCACAUAAAGAACAUCUUCUCGAAUACAUCCUCGAGAAAAAAGUCCACCAGCGAUACGCAAGAUCUCUGCCAAAGUCCGCGCGAGAAGCGGAAAAACAACAAGGAUGCCUCGGUGGAGAGAAAUUCCUUCUCUCCCAAAAAGAGCGGGAAAGAGUCUUCUGGGAAGGAGAAUUGUCCAAAAGAUGAAUCUCGCUCCAAGGGGUGCAACCGCAACUACGCCACCUAUACCAGCAAGACACUGAGCGAGCGUGACAUGCGACACUUGGAGCGCCACCUGUCCAUGAAGAAGACCAUUCGAAAGCAAAUCAGCCGGAACUUGGCCCAAGCCUUCCUGGAAAAUCCGGACAUCUUCGAGCCUGAAGGAGACAAGCCGGAUUCCCACAAAAGCGACCAUAUUCUACCAGAGAACAGGAUGGAUUUCAAAAAGUGCUCCAGCAAAGAACAAAACGUCUUGGACCUUCUCAAAGUCAGUAUCGAAGAUCGUGAUUCCGGACAUUCCAGCCCCACCCACGAGCAAUCUGAAGAUACUGAUUACGAAGACGAAAGCGACACCUGGCGGUCGUCGUCUAAACAUAGGAAUAGUGAUACGCGUGGCCUAGUGGAGGAUGUCCUCAAACCGGAGGGAGAGAAAAAGUCCUCCUCUAUUUGGGGGAAGAUGUUCUCUCGCGGGAAAGGCAAAAGACAGUGAAAUUUAAACUCAUUUGCAUAGCUGAUGACAAAUUUGUGCUUCCUGCGCAUAGUCAAUGAGCCGUUAUUUAUAUAUCGUCUGCAAAAGAUGGUAAAACUUUUGUGGUGUCUUCUGGGUGCACUUUGUGCUUGGUCAUUUUAUUUUCUUUAAAGUUUUUUAUGAAGUAUCUGUCGUUCAUGGGCUGUAAUAUUAGUACAGUAAAACCUGUGAAGUUGACCACCCUUGUAAGUUGACCACUUUUUCCAGGCACGGCAUUAUUCCUUCUCAUAUAAAUCAACCUCUGUAAGCUCACCACCUGUUUAAGUUGAUCACUAAAGUAGUGCCCCGCAAGUGGCCAACUUACACAGGUUUCACUGUAUAAUAUUAUGUUUACCAGCACCUUGGAGUUUUACUAUAAAUCAUUCUAUAACGAUCUACCAGAAAAAUGAAAUGUCGGUAGUGUAAUAAGUUGAAUGUUUAAAGAUAGAAACACUGACAUCGAAAUGUUUCUCAUGGACCUCGACCGUUCGUUACCGGCCGGUUGGUCUCAUAACAGCUAAUGACGUCAGCGCAUGCUAAAUCAUUGGAGCUGACGUCAUUAUUUGUCAUGUAAUCAAUCCACAUGUAAGCUACCGGUCGAUCAACGAACGCAACCAUGGUGUCCUAAAAGUCUUUGACACAUUAAAAAAAUUCAUGGAAGAAAUUUAAACAGAUUUCCAAUGUUUUGUUUGGUUUUCGUUGAAAUUAUAUUUGAUACAUUUUUACUCUAAUCAAAUAGAGCAGCGUUCAAAAUUCAAUCCCGUGAGAUUUGACAGUGUUUCAUUAGCUUUUGAGCAGCUUAACUUUCCUUUCUAGAUUCUCCUACUUAUAAAAAAAAAGAAAGAAAACCUCUGAUUUCGAAGUAGAGGUUGAGCCAAUAAUUUGCUUUAGAACAAUUUCUUAAAUUGUGUUCUGCGGAGCCCAGGGGUUCCAUGGAAAUCAAUCAAGGGUUCCACGAAAUUCAUUCUUUAUUUUCCUUUCUUUUUACAAAACUCAACAAAUAUUCUUUUUCAAAGUUGUUUUCAGAUUUAUUUUUGUUAAUUUUUGAAAUUACGUUUUGACACUAAAAAGUUUUGUUUGAAAUAAUAUUCACUUUGACUGUAAUAAAACAUUUCAAGAAUGUUGCUUCAAACUAUACUACUUACGAAUAAAACAGGGGUUCCACGAAAAAACUGAUCAUUUAAAAGGGUUCCACUCAUUGAAAAAAUUAAGAAAUGUUGCUUUAGAGGACUAGCUAAGGUCACCUUGGCCCAAAUAAGUUGAAAGAUUUAACAUAUAGUCUCAAUUUGAUUAAGAUAUUCGGGAUGGGACACUAAGAGAAUUAAACAGCUUAGUUAUGCUUUUGGUUCAAACAUCAGAUGACAAUUGAGAGAUCCGAAAUAUUUUAUCCGGAGGAUCGCUGCAAAAGUUAAGGUUAUUGAAACUUUUUUCAUUUUAUCUUCUAUUACAGCUCAUGAACGAUUAGACGGAUUCUUUUACAGGUUUUCCAUUUUUUUUUGUGCAAAAUGUUUUGUGAAGAAGAAUUCUUGAACUGAACGUCGAUCAGUUACGAAACAUGGACUUCAACUUUCAUUUAGAAAGUGAAAGAAUUCACAUUUCGUAUCCAAUUGUGAGAUGAACUAUUUCAUAUUUACCGGUGGCCUUUAUGUGUCUUCUAGGAGCGUUCUGUUCACUUGAGCGGUUGAAAAAGAAUUCAGACUAUCACUUGGUAAAUAUAUAAGUGUGUUUUUAUAUGAGAUGUAUGCACCUCACCAUACACACAUGUCGAGAAAAAAAUUUAAAACGCAUGAACUGUAAAUAUCAACAGUGUCGCUGUUCCAACUUUCCCAAGAACUAUCGAACAUUCUUCGCCGCAUACCAAACUUGUGUUUGAAUUAAAAGAAUUAGAACAUUUGUUGUGAGUAUGCGUGUCACGGAUCUGAAAAAUACUCGUAUGGCACACACAGGAUAAAAAAUUACUAACAGCAGUCAGAACUUUGAAAAUAUUUUUUUUUUCCUCAAGGACGUGCCGCAGACUCGUCAAAGUUUGAGAAUAUUUGGUUAAUUUGUAUCUACAUUUCGUAUACAACUGCUUCGUUAGAAAGGCAAUGAAAUAAAUAAAUACGUUUUUCAACUCAUCUUUUACUAUAUACAGUUUUGUAGGUAAUGAGUGUUUGUUACGACUCAUGCAAUGACAUAAAACACUCAUAUGAAUAUGAAGUAGCUUACGUUCUAUCAGAAUGUGAGUUUAAGUUAAAAUUUUAAAUGGUUUUGAAACGUUUUAAGCUAGUCUUAAGAGGGAAGGAAAAGAAAAUAUCCGCUGAAAAGUUGAAAUGUGAUUAAAGUAUGAGUGAAUAAAGGUUAUGAUGGAAAGUGUUCUUUUUUUCAUUAAACUUACACACAUAAACUAAAAGAUCUAAGAGAUAAAUUAAAACAUAGUCUCUCCUUUCCUUUUGACACUGCCAGGUUGAUGAACAGACAAUGAACAGAAGCAAACGUGUAACAUAAUGGACUUCAUAAGUAGUUCACUUCAUCAGUGAUGCCAUUUUUACCUUCAAAAUUCUGACUAUGGUAUCUUCUCCUAGACUGAUGUGCAAUUCACCACCUCCCAUCGUGCUACACGAUCAUGGAACCCAGAAUCCAUUGCGAGCCAAUUUGUAGUGAUUUCACGCCGACCGUGACGGCAGAAAAAAAAAAAAGUCUGCUGCUAUGGAUAUUGUACCAACAACGAACACUCAGCUAUCACAUGUUACAUCAUAGCUCAAGCAAAGAGUCAUAUUCUUUGAACAUGGUCCCACUUAAUUCUUAUAGGCCGUGACAAUCGCUGAAACUCGUGGCAAUAAAGAGGGCGCUACAGGGAACCCCUGUUUCCAUUACGUUGCCAUUGAUAGGUGGUUGCAGGGGUCCCCUAUAGCGCCUCUUGCGGUCAAAAUGGGUGACGUCCAAUCAAAAAUAAACAAAUUUUGAAGCGUUGACAUUGAUUGGUGGAUGCAUGAGCUGAUCAUAGUUACAUCGGUUUAACACAGAAAAAUCAUAAAUUGUCAUGGCCGGCUAAGCGUCAGCGCCAUCUAGUGGGGCCAUGUUCUGAAUUCAUUUAGUUUUUAAUGACAGCUUGUAAACAGGCGGUUGGCAACACCAGAGUGUUUGUAAAUUGUGUAAGACCAAUGAUAGCUGAUAUGAGUAGCUGAGUUUGUUUUGUUGCCGUUGCUGUUUGGUGUGAGAUCAACCUUACUUUUCAUCAGGGUUUUCUGAAUGGUUGUUUUAAUUUGUAAUAAUAAAAUUAAAAACA